AGGAGAUAGCCCUACAAUAUCCGCACUGCCUGAAUCUGCCUAUCGAGUCUUAUUCAAAUGUGCGCCCUCGGAUUCUUAUCGGUCUAAAGCACGCUCGAGUGAGCCUAGUGCUGAAAAGCAAGGAAGGAAGCCUGGACCAACCUAUCGCCGUCAAAACUAGACUGGGAUGGACAAUCUGUGGAGGAUGCGGCACUAAUGAUACAUCAAACUUCGUUCACUACGCCUUCCACGUCUGUGAAUGCAGGCAUCAAACUGACGAAGAUGUACACCAAAUGGUCAAGGAAUAUUUUGCCAUAGACAGUCUUGGCAUCAUGAAAUUAAAUAAAGAUCCGCUAUCAACAGAAGACCAAAGAGCCAUCUCACUCCUUCAAACACUGACUAAGUACAACGGAGAACGAUAUGAGACCGGCCUACUUUGGCGUUACGAUGGCGUCCGCUUACCAGAUAGCAAGGAAAUGGCUCUGCGCAGAUACCUGAGCCUCGAGAAGCGAAUGCAGAAAAGUCCAGAGCUGGGCAAUGCUCUGCAGAAGCUAAUGUCUGAGUACUUGGCUAAAGGGUAUGUGCGCAAACUGUCGGAGAAGGAACUUAACAGGCCUUACCCAAGGGUGUGGUAUUUGCCAAUAUUCCCCGUUUUUAACCCCAAUAAACCGGGUAAAAUUAGAAUUGUAUGGGACGGAGCCGCAAAGUCUUUUGGAGUGUCUCUAAAUUCAGCGCUGCUUACAGGUCCCGAUCAGCUAUGCUCUCUAUUCGCAAUACUGCUGCAAUUCCGCGAAUUUCGUGUAGGUCUCACGGGCGACAUCAAGGAAAUGUUCCACCAGAUUCGCAUGCGUGAGGAAGACCAACAAUGUCUACGAUUCUUCUGGAAAGACGAGGCUGGUGACACUCAGAUCUACGUAAUGAAUGUGAUGUCGUUUGGCGCUAGCUGCUCCCCGGCCAGUGCUCAGUACGUGAAGAACAUCAACGCAGAUAGAUUCAUAGAAGAGUUUCCAGAGGCCGUUGAAGUUAUUAAGAAGCGACACUACGUGGAUGAUGCGAUGUUCAGUGUCGAAACACCUGAGCAUGCAAUUCGCCUGGCGCAAGAAGUCAGACAGCUACACUCUGCCGGUGGAUUUGAGGUAAGAAACUGGGUGAGCAACUCUCAACAAGUGCUAGCCGUGUUAAACGAAAGCAAUACGUCGGAGAAAAAUAUGGACCUGUCGGCUGGGCCAAUGGCUACAGAAAAGGUGCUAGGAAUGUGGUGGUGCACAUCAUCGGACGAAUUUGUGUACAAAAUUGGAUGGAAUCGUUAUAACCCUGAUCUGCUCACUGGCCGUCGUCGACCCACAAAGCGCCAAAUGCUCCAGGUCCUAAUGACGAUUUUUGAUCCUCUUGGGUUAAUCGCACACUUUCUCAUGUAUUUGAAAGUCCUUUUACAAGAAGUCUGGCGUGCAAACGUACAAUGGGAUGAAGAAAUUCCCAAUCCCUUGUUCGAGAAAUGGAGAACAUGGCUACUAGUCUUGCCUAAGGUAGAAAGCGUUAGAAUCCCACGGUGUCUUCGUACUUCGACGAUUCCCAGCGACUGCGAAGUACAACUGCAUCUUUUCGUAGAUGCAAGCGAAAAUGGAAUAGCCGCCGCUUCGUUUCUACGAUUUGAACGCGAAGGCCGUGUCUGCUGCUCUUUAGUUGCCGCAAAAACCAGGGUAGCUCCUUUGAGGUAUCACUCCAUCCCGCGACUAGAAUUGCAGGCCGCCCUUAUAGGAGCUAGACUAGCACGAACAGUAACACAAUCCCUUUCAACUCAGGAUCAUUGCAAAUCCUACUGGACUGACUCUCGCGAUGUCCUCAGCUGGAUUAACUCAGACCACCGUCGUUAUAGCACGUUUGUGGCGUGUCGAGUUAGCGAAAUUCUCGACCUCACAGAAGCACCUGAUUGGCGUUGGGUGCCGUCCAAACUGAAUGUAGCAGAUGACGGCACCAAGUGGGAGACGGAGCCAAAUAUGACCCAAGAAUCCAGAUGGUUUAGAGGCCCAGAAUUUCUCUACCUCAGUGAAAAGGAAUGGCCCAAGGAUUCCUCGAAGUCAACGCAUACAGACAAUGAACUGCGACCUUCUUUCAUGGCACAUCAUUACUCCCCUAAAACCACCCUCGUUAUCUCAGCCUUUCUGGGCUGGAGUGGGCUACGCAAUGCGGUAGCUUACGCCCAGCGCUUUAUCGCAAACUGCAAACGCAAGCAAAAUAAAAAGCCCAAAUUAAAAGGGCCACUGUCCAGAGAUGAACUCUACGCAGCUGAAGGUUUUCUGUUCCGUUUAGCUCAGCAAGAAGGUUACACCGAUGAGAUGAUCAUACUAACCAAUAAUCGCAGUGACCAAACAAAGACACUCCCGAGAAGCAGCCCACUUUAUAAAUUGUCACCAUGGAUUGACGAUCGCGGAGUGAUGCGGAUGCGCAGUCGAAUAUCCGCCUGUCACUAUGCCACCGAAGAAACUAAGAGCCCAGUAAUUCUCCCGAAACACCCUGUGACCACCCUGAUAAUUACCCACUAUCAUGAAAAAUUUCACCAUCAGAACCACGCAGCCAUAGUGAACGAACUGCGUCAACGAUUCGUGAUUCCUCGCAUUCGCGUUCAGUAUACGGCUGCAAGAAAGAGCUGCCAGCGAUGUAAAAAUGAAUCCGCGAUCCCCCAACCUCCAAUCAUGGCAGACCUUCCAGAGGAACGACUUGCUGCCUACACACUGCCCUUCACCCACGUUGGGGUGGACUACUUUGGUCCCAUGGAAGUUGUAAUCGGAAGAAGAGCGGAGAAGAGGUGGGGAAUGAUCGUUGUGUGUCAAACAACACGAGCAAUCCACAUUGAGUUAGUGAACUCGCUGAGCACCGAUUCGUGCAUAAUCGCGCUGCGAAACUUUAUGAGCCGACGCGGAACUCCCAGGACCAUUCGGAGCGACCGGGGAACCAACUUUAUUGGUGCAAGUCGAGAACUCAAAAAGCUGUAUGAGACAGUUGAUUACGACAAGGUCAUUAAAAAAUUCGUAACCGCCGAGACUAGUUGGCAUUUCAAUCCGCCUCUGGCUGCUCAUAUGGGUGGUAGUUGGGAGCGCCUAAUUCGAAGUGUGAAGAAAAACCUGACUGCCAUUUCCCCUUCACGGAAACUGUCCGAAGAAGUACUGAGAAGCCUGCUCAUGGAAGUCGAAAUGACGCUUAACUCUCGACCGCUUACGUAUGUGCCAAUCGACAAUGAAUCGUCACCCGCACUUACGCCCAACCAUUUUCUGUUGGGUUCCUCCGACGGCACGAAGCCAUUCACCUUAUUGGAUGACAGCGGAGUUUUCCUCAAGCAAAACUGGCGUACAUCUCAAGCAUUGGCCAACCAGUUCUGGAAGCGCUGGUUAUCCGACUACCUACCUGAAAUUACCAAACGGACAAAAUGGUACGUCGAUUCGAAGCCGAUUGCUCUAGACGACGUGGUGGUUAUCGUAGAUCCCAACCUGCCUAGAAACUGUUGGCCGAAAGGUAGGGUCAUUGCUACACACCCUAGCAAAGACGGUCGUAUCCGAUCAGCUACAGUAAAAACAAGAAGUGGCAUCUAUAAUCGACCCGUGACUAAACUGGCGGUUCUGGACGUUCGAUGCGGAGAGGAGCAAACCUACCAGAGGAAUGGUUUACCCGGGGGGAGUGUUGGCCAUCCCUAGCUGGCCGCGCACUCACGAUCCAGUGUGCCCCUCGAUUGAUCGAGCGAGAUCGAUUUAACACGAUCGCUUGUGACGGAUGACUGACAAGACGGUAGGUCUGUCAUCGGCUGGGUAAGUGACAAUAGAGAGUAACAAUCUAAAAGCCGAUAUAACGUGUGCUUGCAGCUCUACCACGAAAUAUAUUGUUCUUACUAUUACUAUUACUAAUACUAUUACCUAAAUACUUGCGUGAAAUUAAACAUCUAAAUACUUAAAACUAAUUAGAUUAAACUUACCUAAGUGCUUAUAGAGAUAGCCAACCUUAAACAUAACCUAGAAGAAUCUCUGUUAUCUGAUUCUAAAAAUACGGUUAAAAUUAUAAGAGGGACUAAACGUGAGUACAACUAAACUUAAUAGCCUAAUGAUCACCUUAUUAAAAAUUAAAAUCUUCACCAAUAAACAUCAGAUAGAAAUAAAAUGAAAACUUAUGUAGAUUUAGGUUAUACACGAUACACAGUUAAACAGAUUUAAAUAGGCAACAAUGUACUACAAUAU